AUGUACGAAGGGAUUGACAACCUAAAAUCCCUUUACGACCGUGCCGGGAAGACUUUCCUCGGCGGUCCUUCUGCGGCACAGGAUGUGCCGCGUCGUACUGCUCAACCAGACCCAGUACGUCAACCAUCAGUUGGGAGCGGGGCUCCCAGUAUCCCAGGACGGGGUAUAACCGCGCCACCGGACGAGAUAACUCGUCCGACGUCCGUUCACGUCACGGUGGUUCAACAGCUGCUCAACUAG